AUGGACGUGAACUGCUUAGGAGGUUCCUUCCACCGUAACCCAGGUUUCCAGCUCAAGGCUCCCGCCCCUGCGGGCAGGGCUCUGGCUCCAGGGCCGUUACCAUUGUUCUUCGAAGCUGGGCGGCACGGGAGGACCCUCCCAGACCAGACCUCGCCUUUGGUCUCUCCCUCCGCCCCGGACCCCUCGCCGCAGCAAGCCUCGGAAUCAGCCUUCGCCGAUCUUUCCCGAGGAAGCGAGUCUGCACCAGAGCGCUCCCGAACGGUGGCCGAAGACGCCCCCGAGUGUUUACGAAGAAUCCCGACCCCGAGGAGUCUCCGGAAAGAGCCGAAGGUGCUUCCCACUCUCGGCCUUCCGAGCCACUCCGAAAAGAUCCGAAGUUUGCCGAGCGGCCGUCCUGUCGGACUGCUGGAGGCGGCCGUAGCGCCAUGUUGGAUGCUCUGCUCGUUGAGUGAAGAAAAUCCGCCGGCAUCGCCUGAGCCCCGCUACCGAGGAGGGCGCCGCUUCCCCCGGGGAGGGGGAUAAAGAUCCCCCGCCGCCGGCCCAUGAGGAUAUUGCCGUGAAAGGCUCAGCGGCUGCAGCAGGAACCGGACCCGGCACCGGAGCGGCGGCGGCGGCAGCGGUACCGCCUCCUCACCCGGCGGCGGCGGCAGCGGCGGCGGCGGCAGCGGCGGCGGCGGUAGCGGCCCCUCCUCACCCGAACAUCAGG